AUGACACAGCAAACGGACGACUUCGCGAUCGGAGAGAAUCUCGUCAAGUUUCUUGCCCAGCUUCUUACGAAAUGUGGAGCGACGCCAGUCUUGUGGGGUGACUGCGCCUUGACUGUGCACGGCGGUCCUUCUAUCAUUGGUGUAAUAGCACCUCUUAUUGACUCACCUCACUUUACAUUGCGAACCAUUGAUCAGCGCAUUGAAUUCAUCGUGGAGGACGACAAGCUACCUGGCGCGGUAGCAGCCCUAAAGGAGUCGGGGCUGUCUCCCUGUGCAGAUCCUAGGCUCUGUUAUGUGUCUGGGGUGUCGGUUGAGCCACCGUUUCCAGCAUUACACAUGCAUAUCGGCAUGUCGGGUGUCUACGUUAUCCUAUGGCCACAUUCGACGAUCCUAUGGUCAUUUCCUUCUCCCUCGCACAUCAAUCUCGAAUGUAAACAAGACGAUCCUCACGCCUCAUUACGCUACGUACUGGCGUCCGACACCUCAGUCCUCCCCGGACCCAGGCUCGGCCGAGGGCGUGGCGCAUUUUCAAAGGACGGGGGUCAUGUCGUCGUGCCCUCGGCGUCCACCAUGUUGGAAGCAUACAUACGCCUCACGAGUGCAUACCGUGGCCAGACCGACACCUUCUACCUCAGCAUGAUCACGUACGUCGAGGAGUACAUAGAUGCAGACGGGCUGCUGGACGACACGCUGCUGUCGGAGCCGUGUCGGGCAUUUUGGCGCGGGCUUAAAAAUGGCCAGCGAGGGGUCAGGGAACUUGUUGAUGAGUUACAGUUAAGCCUGGGUGACGGUGACAAUGACACGGGAAGUAGCGAUGACUCGGAGUUAGCAGCGGACUUAUCCACAGGUUGGAAAUAA